GUGGGUGCGUUGUUGAGCUGCUUUAUCAAAAGUUUUUUGAACAUUGAACGAUGAAGUUGACUCUGCUCUUGGUUAUAUUUGCCACUGCGACUCUUGCACAAGAUCUAACACCCUUUGAUUUUGAUUGGAGGGAAUUGAAAAGUGUUUGGGAGUCGCCUGAACUUCUUCCGACAUUGAAGAAGAUUGACCCAUCGUACGAUGCAACUGUACGAGGCGGCCGAAUUAUUGGUGGAAGUAUCGCUAAAGUUGGACAAUUUCCUUUCUCAGUUUUACUUAUAAUUGACAACGCUUAUUGGUGUGGUGGAUCUUUGUUGAAUGCUAAUUGGGUUUUGACUGCUGCGCAUUGCAUAGAUGGCCGAAAACAAGCGUCUAUCUACUCAAUGACUGAUAUUAAUGUUGGAUAUUAUUGGGUUUCUUCAUCAGCCAAAUUCAUCAUUCAUGAAUCCUACAGUGAAUCAUCGAACAAUGUUGUUAACGACAUCGCUCUUAUUAAAACAACUUCAGCUGCUCCAAACAAUGCCUACACAGCUUACAUAAGUUUACCCAGAAACGAAGUUAGCAACACUUUUGCUGGUACAACUGCGACUAUCCAAGGAUUUGGACGUUACUCGGAUGCAAGUGAAGAUGUUUCAACUGUUCAGCGAUAUGUUUCAGUUCCAAUCUUGACAAACAGUCAGUGUACAGGUACCUGGCCUGUAACUGCUUCCCAACUUUGCACAAAUACUUCCGGAGGAAGAAGUUCAUGCAAUGGUGACAGCGGUGGUGGAUUAUUCGCUGGUGAUGUCAACACCCACAGCUCAUCAAGACGUGUCAUUGGAAUUGUUUCAUUUGGGGCAGUAAAAUGUGCAGCAGGAUAUCCUUCGGUCUACACAAGAGUUACAAGCUUCAUUGGUUGGAUUGACAACAAAAUGGCAUCAAAUUAAAAAUAUUUUUCGAUUGUUCAAUUUUUUUAUGGUUGGCAUAAUAAAAAUUAUGAAUUGAGAAUGUUUUAUGACUUACAAAAAAAUAUUUUCCGC